UAUAAAGGGAGAAGGAUUUCGAUACGCAGCUACCCAAGAAUUAGUACUAGGUAAGUACAUGUAGCACUUUCUUAACGAACCGAAUAGAUAUCUCUCACAAACCAUGUCUCCCGCCAUCAUCCCCCGCCAGCCCGAUAUCGCGUAUACCCCGGACCGCACCAAAUGGCAAGCCCGCGCGGCGCGCCGGCUCGCGGAGGGGAACCUCCCCACCGAUCUUCCCGAAGGCUUUCCGGCGCAGCUGAGCGGCGACCUAGUCUGGGAGGGCAAAACGAUCGCGGACAAGUAUAACUGGACGUAUGUGCUCAAUGAUGCGCAACUGGAUGAGAUAGAUCGAGCUGUGGAGCACUUCAAGCACACGGGCUUAUCCCUGGGCCAUCUCUCCCAAGAAACAUUCCCCCUCCCAACUCUACACGGGGAGCUGCGCCGUCUGUCCGAGGAAUUACACACCGGCCACGGAUUCUUCGUUCUCCGGGGCCUGCGCGUAGACGAACAUACACGCGAGGAGAACAUCAUCAUCUACGCCGGCGUGUCGUCGCACAUCGCCGAGCAGCGGGGGCGCCAGGACCACAAAUACAAUGGCCAGAAGGCCGACGUGGUCCUAAGCCACAUCAAGGACCUAACGUGGUCGGCGGGCACGGGCGACAUCGGCAGCCCGGCAUACACGACCGACAAGCAGGUGUUCCACACGGAUUCGGGGGACAUCGUGUCGCUGUUUGCGCUGGAGACGUCGGCGGCGGGGGGCGCGAGCAAGCUGGCGAGCACGUGGAGGGUGUACAAUGAAAUAGCGGCUACGAGGCCGGAUCUUAUACAUACGCUUUCGCAGGGCUGGGAUAUGGAAGUUUUCGAAAAAGCCUCCAAACAAUACGUCGAACGCCCACUCCUCUUCCACUUCCCCGCGACCUCCUCCACACCCGAGCGGGUAGCCCUGCAAUACGGGCGGCGGUACUUCGUCGGGUUCGGCGCGCUGCCACGAAGUCCCGAUAUCCCGCCCAUCAGCGAGGCGCAGGCCGAGGCGCUGGACACGAUCCACUUCCUCGGCGAGAAGUACUGCGUGAACACGGACUUCCAGAAGGGCGAUAUGCAGUACAUCAACAACCUCGCCAUCUUCCACGCCCGGGACGGGUUUACGGAUACGCCGGAGAAGCGCCGCCAUCUUCUACGACUUUGGCUACGCGACCCAGAGAAUGCGUGGGAGACCCCUGAGGUCUUGGGAUAUCGCUGGGCGCAGCUAUACGGGGAUGUCACGCCGGAAGGACAGGUGUUUCCCCUGGAACCGUUUAUCCGUAGUGCAGGAAACAAGGGUAGAUAGCAUUAGGUACCUAGGAAUUCGGAAUGGUCUAAAGAUACAAAUGAAUGAUAUAUUGUUGCUGAUGCUGGAAAGGAUAUCUCUCGCGUGAGUGGGGAAAUCUUGUUGCUAAACCUUAACGCCUAAAAAAGCCGGGAA